AUGGGUCAUAAGUACAAGAAACCUCUGCAUCCAUCAGUUGCUAACGGCGGCAAGCAUCACUGUCCGGAAUGCCGAAAAGCGCCAAUAGCCUCCUGUUUUGGCCACCACCUCUUCAUUUGCAAGAAGCAUAGGACCCAUUGCUACACCAAGGUCAACCCUUGCCAACUAUGCGAGGCGGACCAGCGUCGACGAGUAAAAGCUGAACAGAAGGAGGCCAAUCAGGACAGGCUUCGCAGAAAGUUGUUGAAGGAGCAGCAGAAGGAGGAGGCAAGACGGAAGAUGGAUCGGAAAAUGAGGUGGACAGAGACGCGGAAGGCUAGUAGACUGGCGGUAAUGCGUAGCAAUACGGGCUGA